UCUGUGCUGAUAGUAAGUAUACUACUAGGCUUGAUUGCCAAUUGGUACAGCGGUGCUCUUGCCAUGGCUCUGAUUCAGUUUCGAAGCUCCUUAGUUACAUCUACGCGUUGACUGCAGACGGUUGUCCACAAAUAAAUACAAAAUACUUUCUGUAUGAUGUCGCAAUUGUUCAGUUUGUGCCUAAGCCUGCUUAUAUGCCACAAAGCCUUUGCCUCUGUAGCUGCUGCCACCCAUGAAUCCCGCAUCAUCAAUGGCACUGAGGCCAGCUUGGUGGACUCAAAGCACAUUUGCUCAAUACGCCUGAGGGAGCACGAUAGAAACUUUGGUAGUGGACACAUCUGUGGUGGUGCUUUGAUUGCGCCCAACAAGGUGCUAACCGCAGCCCACUGUCUCUACAACAAUGGCAGGAAGCGUUACCGCAAAGCAAGAGAAUUCAUUGUCGUCUUGGGUACGCUGAAUCGUUAUGAACGCAACAAUGGCACCAUUGUCGCGGAAGUGAGCUCCAUUGCCUACAUGAACACCUUUAGUCCGGACAGCAUGCGCGACGAUGUCGGCGUCAUGUUUCUACGCAACCCACUGCCCAUCAAUGGCAGCCAGGCGAGCAUUUCGCCCAUGCACUUGGCCACACAGCCAACGCCAGUGGGCGCCAAUUGCCAAGUAGCGGGCUGGGGACGCACCGAGAAGGCAACGCUUUCGAAUGUGCUGCUCAUGGCCAAUGUGAGCACAAUACGGCCGCAGACCUGUGGCAGCAUCUAUGGCAGUGGCUUGCUGCCUGGCAUGCUGUGCGCUGGACAUCUGCAGGGCGGCACAGACUCCUGCCAGGGCGACUCGGGUGGACCGCUGGUGCUCAAUGGUCGCAUUGUGGGCGUCGUCAGCUGGGGCUAUGGCUGUGCCGAGCCGGGAUUACCGGGUGUCUAUGCGGAUAUACAGUAUUAUCAUCAGUGGAUACAGCAGCGCAGCGCUGCUUCAAGGCUAACGGUACUAACGGCACCGCUCUGCAGCAGUUUGAUAAGCUUGCUGCUGAGCUUUGUCAUCAGCUGAGCUUUAGCCUUGAAUUAUUUUCAAUUAAAUAUUUGUCCCAUGGCUAAGCUUCUAUUGCUUAACCCCUAAUGCCCACGCAUACGUUUUUUUUUUAUAGCUAAAAUGUUACUUAAGGCAAAGUUUUCUUUUCUUUUUAACAGU